UCACAACCAUUUUCGUUUCCAAGAUAUACAUUCAACCUUGGACUCUCAUUACUUCUGCAUUGUAUGGGAAGAGCUGCUAUCGCCAAAACUACGACUUUCAUGCUUAGGGAAGCUAAGCGACUUGAGCGUCGUUUGAGCAAAAUUGCAGGGGCAGAUCGGGGGAUUGAGAGGUGUAGGAGAACGAGUAGCAGUGGUAACGAUAUAAAGGAUUCAUCGACCUGGGUUCCACAUCCAAGGAGUGGGAUAUACUUCCCGAAAGGCCAUGAAUGGGUGAUGAACGAUGUUCCAGACGGGGCGGCUUCUUUCGGUCGAACUUUUUGGCUCAGGAACGUUGAUGGUGUUGAGAAACCAGACCCUGAUGAAUUUCCAAGUCAUGAGCAUCACUGUUUCCAUGCAAAUAUGUGAGCAAAACACACUAGUAUCUUUGACUGAAUGAAGGGACUACUAGACUUGAAAGGGAGUUAGGGAAGGCUUAUGAAUAAAUAUUUUGGCCUUGGCUGAAAUCAUCAGUGGUGUGAUGUGUAAGAAAAUCUUAUUGAAAAAUAAUUUAACUUUAAAUACCAUUACUAAUAUUUCUUUUUUUAUGGACAAACUGA